AUGGCUUCCAGAUUACAGGACGAUCUCCGCUGUUCUGUCUGCCACGACAUCUUUAAAGAUCCUGUCGUCCUGUCAUGCAGCCACAGCUUCUGUAAAGACUGUCUGCAGAGCUGCUGGACGGGGAAACCAACCAGAGAGUGUCCGGUCUGUAAGAAAUCUUCGAGGAGCGAACCACCUUGUAACCUGGCGUUAAAGAACCUGUGUGAGAGUUUCUUACAGGAGAGAGAUCAGAGAGCUUCAGAGUCUCUCUGCAGUCUGCACUCUGAGAAACUCAAACUCUUCUGUCUGGACCAUCAGCAGCCAGUGUGUGUUGUCUGCAGAGACUCAGAAAAACACACCAACCACAGAUUCAGACCCAUCGAUGAAGCUGCACAACAACACAAGAAGGAACUUCAGGAAACUCUGGAGCCUUUAAAGAAGAAGUUAAAGGUUUUUAAAGAAGUUAAAGUGAAGUUUGAUCGAACAGCAGAACACAUUCAGGUCCAGGCCCGACGCACAGAGACGCAGAUUAAGGAGCAGUUUAAGAAGCUUCACCAGUUUCUAGAAGAGGAAGAGGAGGCCAGGAUGGCUGCACUGAGGGAGGAAGAGGAGCAGAAGAGUCAGAUGAUGAAGGAGAAGAUGGAGGCUCUGAGCAGAGAGAUAGCAGCUCUUUCAGACACAGUCAGAGCCACAGAGGACCAGCUGAGAGCUGAACACGUCUCAUUCCUGCACAACUACAAGGCUGCAGUGGAAAGAGUCCAGCAGCGCCUCCUGCUGGAGGAUCCACAGCUGCCCUCAGGAGCUCUGAUAGACCAGGCCAAACACCUGGGCAACCUGGCCUUCAACAUCUGGAACAAGAUGAAGGACAUGGUCUCCUACAGUCCUGUUGUUCUGGACUCAAACACUGCUGGUACAUAUCUCAUCCUGUCUGAAGAUCUGACCAGUCUGAUACGAGGAGAGAUCCAGCAGCAUCCUGAUCAUCCAGAGAGGAUUGUUUAUUCCUACUCUGUUCUGGGCUCUGAGGGCUUUAACUCAGGGACUCACAGCUGGGAGGUCGAGGUUGGAGACAAUACAAACUGGUAUCUGGGUGUGUUAGCAGAGUCUGUCCAGAGGAAAGGAAACAUAGAGUCUGGAUUAUGGAGUAUACUGUUCAAUGAUGAUAAAUACUCAUCAUGGUCACCAUCAGAUGGACGAACUGUUCUCGUAGUGCAGAAGAAGCCUCAGAGGAUCAGAGUGAAUCUGGACUGGAACAGAGGAAAGCUGUCGUUCUCUGAUGCUGACACUAACACAUACAUACACACUUUCACACACACUUUCACUGAGAGGAUGUUUCCAUAUUUUUACAAUGGGGAUUGGAACAAUCUCCCACUGCAGGUUUUACCAGUGAAGGUCUCUGUGGUUGCAGGAUCCCUCAAACGCUCCUCGUCCAAUCCUACCGUAGCAACCGUUACUAAGAAGGCCCGUCAAGCCUUGAAGUGA